AUGCAACGAAACUUUUACGGGCUCGCUUUCCAGGUAUGGGGCGCGAAUACCAACGUUGGAAAGACGUUGGUUUGUGCAGCGCUCGCCCGAGCUCACUUGCGAGACAGCGACCGAGCUAGGGGAGCACUGCUUUACCUCAAGCCGCUGCAGACGGGGUUUCCUUCCGAUCACGACGCUCGAUUCGUAUUCAGACAAGCCCUGGGAACGGAUACCCGUAUCAACGAACCAGAAAAUGCUCUGGAAUAUGUGUCCAGAGAGCACGCUUUUUCAUGCCGGACGCUGUACGCGUGGAGGCUAGCGCGUUCCCCACAGGAGGCAGCAGCAGCUGCUACUGCCGGGGAGCCGUUCUCACAUGCGUCGCUCCAGCGACCCGCGGGAGGUCUGGCAUCUCCCGAACUAGACUCGUCCACGGUGUUGGAGCAUAUCGAGAAUGCACUAAAAAACGCAGGGCUUUCGCUGUUCAUGGUUGAAACAGCGGGUGGUGUGUUGUCUCCGGUGAGCGCCAGCGGCACGCUCCAGGCGGACUUUUAUCGCGCGGUACGGCUACCUGGCGUCCUUGUUGGCGAUGCACGACUAGGAGGUAUAUCGACGACGCUCGCCGCAUAUGAAGCUUUGCGAAGCCGUGGUUAUGAUGUCCCGGCCAUUGUAUUCGGCAUGGGCCCCGGACUCGAGAGCGCUGAUCGCAAUGCUGCCGCUAUCCGCGCUCAGCUGGACCCAGAAGAGACGCCCAUUGUGGAGCCUUAUUUGCGAGUCUUUGAUGCGCAUGCGCAGGCAUCUCUAGCACAGCCAGCACAAGGCUUGGUGUCCGUCGACGAAACUGCUCAACGAUUCAUAGAGCAUCUCCGACACUGGUGGUGUCGUCGCGCGAUACGCUGGCAAGAUAUGCUUCGCGAGAGCGACCAAGUGCUGUGGUGGCCUUUCACGCAACACCAGGCACGGCGAAUGCCGUCUGCAUCCGAGGAGCGAGCACAGACGACGCUCAUUGACUCGGCUUACGGCGACGAUUAUACGAUUAUCAAAUCGGUCAAGCGCGACGUCUCUGGAAUGAGUCCACAGAAAAGAACGUCAUCGAGUGAGCUCACUCAAGAGCGUUGGUUCGAUGGCUGCGGCUCCUGGUGGACGCAGUCAGUCGGACACGGUCACCCGACGCUAAACCGAUCGAUAGGGAAUGCGCUGGGACGCUACGGCCACGUUAUGUUCCCCGAGUGCGUUCACGAGCCAGCUUGGCUGCUCAGCAAGCGCCUCCUAAACAGCGUCGGGAAUGGCUGGGCGUCUCGUGUUUUCUUCUCGGAUAACGGGAGUACUGCGAUGGAGAUCGGUCUGAAGAUGGCAUUUCGCCUCGCUCAGAAACGAGGGCUCUUCGACCUGUCACGCGCCUCGGAUGUCGGCAUUGUCGGCCUCGAGGGGAGCUACCACGGGGACACCCUGGGCGCCAUGGACUGCUCACCGUCGUCCACCUUUAACCAGCUUCAAACGCCCUGGUAUCGAGGCCGGGGCCUUUUCCUCAAACCGCCAUACUGUGCGAUCUGGAACGGUGACUGGCAGCCAGAUGCACCGCAAGGCUUGGACGCUGCUGCCCAGCGACGACGUCACGAGCGAUAUCGCGAGUACCACCGCAGCAUUGCAGAGGAACUAGCGCGACACGAAUCGAUGCCACUGGGCGCUUUGGUUCUCGAGCCAGUGGUACAGGGCGCCGGUGGCAUGCGUAUCAUCGACGUCGUAUAUCAACAAGCGCUGAUCGAUGCUUGUCGGCAGCGGGCAAUCCCGGUCGUUUUCGAUGAGGUUUUCACGGCCUUCUGGCGGCUUGGCGCCCUCACUGGUGCCAGCAUUCUCGAUCGUGAGCCCGACAUUGCCGCAUAUGGCAAGUUGCUCACCGGCGGUGCGCUCCCGUUGGCUGUUACCCUGUCGUCUGAGGAGGUGUUUACUGCAUUUUUGGGGGAAAAGCGAGCCGACGCUCUCCUCCACGGACACUCGUACUCUGCGUAUCCGGCGGGAUGCGCAGCGGCGAACGCAGCCCUCUCCAUCUAUGAGCGGCUAACCUCCGCGGAGACGCGCGUGUUCGACGGUGCGUUGCUGGCACCCGUGAGAGCGCUCUCAACCAAACCUGGUGUUGGUGCGGUGUCUGCGAUUGGAAGCGUGUUGGCUGUGCAACUCACACCGCUGACCUCAGCUGAACAGGCGGACGAGCGGCUUCUUGCAGCCCGUCAGACGCGAGUGCUGAGCAUUGCUCGCCAGCAGCAUGGCAUCUACCUGCGACCGCUGGGCACCACGGUAUACGCGCUGGUAGCUCCAGCGCAGACGCCGCUCCAUCGGGCAGCAGACCUGGUUCGGGCUCUAGACCGGGCACUCGACUUGGCAGCUGUUUCAAAAGAGACGGCGAAUGCCGCGACAGUGACUCCUAUUGUUUGA